AUGGCCGUACCUGCUCAUCCCAGCUCCAAGGACGCCAGAUAUGCCCUGGGCACUCACCGGGGCCCGUUGUCCUCUCAGGGCGCGGAUGUCGCGCACCCUGAGAAAACGAACGAGAUCUCGCUCGAGCCAGGCAAGCAAACGCGGGCUCAAAGAAUCCGUCGCCAUUGGCGUCGCUUCUGGUGCUGCUAUGCCUUUGGAGGCAUCAUCUUUCUAGCCAUCAUGCUUCCUAUCCUCUUCCUCGUCAUCAUCCCCGCCGUCGCGCAGCGAGUCGUGGACGGCUCAACGCUCGUGCUGGUCCACGCAGAGGUGCAGCAACCGCGGGCCGACUCGAUGAUGCUCCGCAUCGACUCAGCCCUGAACCUCCCACUCAAGAUCCCCGUCCGUAUCGACCCCAUCACGAUGAGCCUCUUCAACCGCGGCCGGCCCGAGAACAGCACUUGGGCGAAGGUCUACCUCCCCGCUGCUAGGAUUCACGGCAACACCACCCUCGCCACCAACAGCACCUUCACUGAGUUGAACAUCGCCGAGUGGACCGAGUAUGUCCGUAGCGUGGUCUUUGAGUCGCAUGCGCCUCUUUCGGUAAAGGGCUCGACGACCGCGCAUAUAGGGAAGUUGAAGUCCCGCGUCACCAUGAACAAGGAUAUUCACCAGACCACCCUCAAUUCAUUCGACGGCUUCUCCAUCUCCGAUCCGCAACUCCUCCUCCGCCCCCGCGACGACGGCACAAACCUCCUCGCCAACGCAACCCUCCCCAAUCCAUCCGUCAUGACUUUAGAAAUUGGAACAACAACCCUAAACCUCUACAGCAACAACCUCCUCCUCGGCAACGUCACCCUCGACAACCUCACCCUCCACCCCGGCAACCACUCCAGCUCCGUCAGAGGGACCCUCGACCUCCGCGCCCUGCUCACCAAUUUGACAACAAUCCUCAGGGACCAGCGCGACGCCAUACAGCGCGGCUACCUGGAUCUGCGCACCGUCGGCGCGGACGUGACCUACGACGGGGUGUCGGUGCCCUACUACUCGGCCGUCAUGCAAAACUUGACGAUGACCGCGCAGGUGCCGCUGGGGAGGUUGGUGGAGAAUACCCUGCGCGGGGCGCUGUGGAGCAGAGACAUUGCGGUGGAUAUACUGUAG